AUGGACUCUCCGAACUUGAAGGCGCCCUGCCAAGAACAGCGGAACCCUGAGCAUGCCCUCACAAGCGACAAGGAGCGGGUCUCUGCUCCCAGACCGCGGGCCAAGCCCCCUCCGCCAAGCCCCGCCAUCCAAUCUGGUCAGCGCCGAAGUAUAUCGUGCGGACCCGUGUCUUUCGCGAGAGACUGCCAAGGCUCCGCCAAGGCCACGAAGUUGCUUCUCCCCUUCGCCGUCCAUAUCAUCUCGUCUUGCCCAGCUUUCCAUGGCGUGCUUUCCGGCCGUAGCGACUUGCCCAGUGGCCGCCACCACGGUUCAAUGUCCACUUCGACGCCUGCCAAGUCGAGCUACCAGUCUUGCCUGGACCAGUAUCGCGAGUCACUCCUGCACGUGUGUCUCGUAUACACGGUAGACUGA